AUGUGGGAGUCCUUUUUAGGAAGCUGGAAACUCAUUUCUAGUGAAAAUUUUGAGAGCUAUAUGAAAGAAUUGGGAGUGGGUAUUGCUACUAGGAAGCUUGGCAGCCUGGCCAAGCUGAGUGUGAUUAUCAGUACUAAUGAUGACAUAACAACCAUCAAAACAGAGAGCUCCUUUAAAAACACUGAGAUCUCCUUCAAGCUGGGGGAAGAGUUUGAAGAAACCACAGCAGAUGACAGGAAAACCAAGAGCAUUAUCACCUUGGACAAUGGCUCUUUGAUUCAUGUGCAGAAGUGGGAUGGCAAAGAGACGACAAUAAAGAGAAAACUGGUGGAUGCUAAGCUUGUGGUGGAAUGCACUAUAAAUAAUGUCACCAGCACAAGAGUCUAUGAGAGGGCCUGAGGAAUUCCCAUCUCCAUGUUGGAUCAGAACUUGCUGUUAAGAAUCUGUUCAAUGACUGCUGCACAACACUGCUGUCCAGUUCUACAAGUUUCUUCAAUCAC